GCUGAUUAUGAAACUGGCGUCCUUAAAGGUCGCAGACGUCUGGAUCUCCCGCACUUUAUUGUUCACUUGAACUCUUUUCCUGUGAACGUAUAGUUUUCUGUUUCUCAAUGAUCACUAGUCGAUUACGUUUUGUGUUGUUUAUCUGUAUUUUGAGUGCAUUUACUUCUGGAUUAACAUUUGGAUUUUCAUCAGCAACAGCACUUCAACUUUAUUUUAAUACUAUUUGGUCAUCCGUUUUUAUUGGUUGUUUAAAUAUUGGUGGAAUAUUUGGAUCUCUGUGGUCAACAUGGCUUAUUCGUUAUUGCGGUCAUCGUCGUACAUUAUUACUUUCUUAUACUCUAUCUGUGAUUGGAUGGAUGUUAUUGUUUUGGUCAUCACCAACUGUUUAUGAACGAUAUUCACCGACUGUUCAAUUGAUAUUAGGACGUUUAUUAACUGGUUUAGCAUGUGGAUUAACUUUAACUACCAAUAUAAUUUAUGUAUAUGAAAUAGUUCCAUCAUCAAGGAAAGUAUUAAUGGGAUCAUUGUUUCAAAUUGGCAUAGCAUGUGGAAUUGUUUGUGAUUAUACACUUGCGGUGUUUGUAAUCUGGGAUGUUAUUUCCUUGAUUUUUGCAUUGAUUAUCUCGUUUGUAGCUAUUUUGACUUUUUAUUUACCGGAAUCCUCUGAAUGGUACAUUAGAACGGGUAAUUUACAACUAGCCGAAGCAUCUCAUUAUUGGUUGUAUGGAAAUGUAAGUAAUUGCCGGGUGUACACAAAUGCAUUUAAAAUCAAACCAAUUAUAUUUAAAGAAAACAAUAUUCAUAUAGUUUAA